CAGCAGAAAAAAGAAAGAAAGAAAACUACUUCAAUUCGAACCCUUAAAUUCCUCCGAUCUCCGGCACUAAUUGGCGUGCUCAGGACUAGCCCUAGCUCGGAACCCAUGGCGACUCUCGACUCCGAUAUCAAUAUGGUUCCGGCCGACAAGGAGCCCACCGGCGGCGAUCCAUCUUCUUCAGUGGCAUCGGCUUCGUCUUCAACGAAGAAAGUCAAGAAAUUCGAGAUCAAAAAGUGGAACGCUGUUGCUCUCUGGGCUUGGGAUAUUGUGGUGGACAACUGUGCUAUUUGCAGGAACCAUAUCAUGGAUCUUUGUAUCGAGUGUCAAGCUAAUCAAGCCAGUGCCACAAGUGAGGAAUGUACAGUUGCUUGGGGGGUUUGCAACCAUGCAUUCCACUUCCACUGCAUUAGCCGUUGGCUCAAGACUCGUCAAGUGUGCCCCUUGGACAAUAGCGAAUGGGAGUUUCAGAAGUACGGGCACUAAGGCAAUUUGUCGUAGCGAGGUGAGUGUUGCUCAGAUGGAAAAAGCACCUAAACGAACAGCCCUUAUUUUCUGUUUGUGCAAUCAUGGAACAGAUGAUUUUAUUCUGAUUGUGCUGAAUGUUUGUUUGCCAUAAAUUUAUAGCCCAUUUGAUUGCUCAUAGUAUAGUGAGUUCUUGAGUUAAACAAACAUGGCCAGUGUGUGUGCCCAUGGUGUUUGUAUUUUCAAGCAUUUCCUUCUUUUAGCUCUUAGAAUUUCAUGCAGAUCUUCACUCACACUAACAUUUCCCUCCCAAUCUAGAGUUUUUCCUUUUUCAACUUGUUUUCUGCUCAGUUAGUUUCAAUUC